AUGUAUAAAUUGUAAAAUAGUUCAGCAAGAAUGGCAUAAAAUGCAAGUACUAUAAAAGUUGAUAGUUGUUUUGGUAAAUAAUCAAUAGCCUCUGUGAAUUCUAUGGAUUAAAAAGAGGUUUAAGAGAAUUCAGCAAUUAAAGAAAGUAACAUUUUAAGAAUAUAGUUAAAAAUAAUCUUAAAUGAAGUAUUUUUGAAAGAAUGGAUUAAUAGAGUGGAUAGGAUUCAUAAAUAAAUCGAAAAUGGAACUAUUUAAAAAUAAUAAAAUUAAACUCAAAUUUAAAAUCAUAAGGAUAUGAUAAUAAUAAGUAACAAACUCAAAAUCUUAAUGGAAUAGAUUGUAAUAUAGUUUUAAGUGUAUUAAAUCGUAUAAAAGGUGUGAAUAAGAUGUGUGCUAGAUUUCUAAUUAAAAGUUAAGAAAAUAUAAUUUUAUCAGACUUAGCUACAGUUUUUAAGUGUUUUACAUGAUCCUAAGUUAAAAGAUGAACAUAAAUAAAUCUCAUUUAGUUUAGAUCCAAUAAUUAUACCAAAUCAAUAGAAAUUUAAGUAAUAAUAAAGAGUUUGUUGGCCUUAUGCUUAUGUAGAACGAAAUAUUAUUUAAGAUACUGAAUUGGCUAAAAUAUUAUUUGAUGCAGAUUAUUUAUUAAAAUUAAUGAGUUUAGGUGUUGAAAGUGAUAGAAAGACUCCUUUUAAAUAUCCAUUAGAGUUAUAAUAAUUAGGAUUGAAUUCAAAUUCAUCUAUGGGAAAACAAAAAUAAUAAUAAAUGUUAUGUAGAUUUUGGCUUAUUCCUUAACAAUGUUUAAUUAACAAUAAAUAUGUAAUAGAUGAUAUUUUAGUUGAUUGUUAAGCUAGGUAAUUAGAAAGAGUAAAUAAUAAUAAAUUACAAGAUAAAAUAUGCCAAGAUGUUAAUGAUAAAGCAUAUUAAUUUGCUGCUAAAUUUACUUAAUUAUAUGAUAAAGCAAAAUAUUAUCCAAUUUUUAAUAGAUUGAAAUAAUUAUUCAAAGCAGUUGCUUUAGGAAGAUGGAUAUUUAUUAAAUUUAGAUUAAACUAAUGUUCUAUUCAUAAUGAAUAUAAAUGUUAUUUGUGUCUAGAUUUAAUUACAUCUUAAGAUCUUAAACCAAAAAGUUGUAUUAUCAAUAAUUAUAGAUAUAUUUUUCAUUAGAACUGUUACAAUGAAUAUUAAGAGAUUAUAAAUAGAAAACAUGAUGAUGAUGAUGAUUUAUAUUGA